AUGGAAGCUGAGGUAUUCUAUCCCAUUGACCUUCCUCAUACUCGCUUUUCGGACCUCGAAUAUUCGAGUGACUCCUACUCCUUAUUCACAAAUCCAACGAUUCUGGCCCCUGUUACAGCCCUAGCUAGCUAUCCUGAUGUUGUUGAUACCCAGGAUCUCCGACAGGACGCCCUAUUGCCAAGAACAGCAUACAUGGAGAAGACUCAACUGCCAUGCUGGGUAAAGUCUGUCAACGAUUGCACUCCAAUUUCCGUUGCAGAUGAGAAUCCACAAGCUACAUGUGGCACGUUAAACACACCAUCGGGAGAGAGCGAUGGUAGUGCAUCUGGUGUUUCUCCCGGUCUGAGAUGGGUAUGCGAAUCCCCAGGUGGAUCAUACGGCGGUGAUCUGACGGAAGCAGAUUCAAGUUUAAGUGAACAAUCGUGGGGCCAUGUGUAUACAUCCCGAGACUCCCAAUGCACUACAAGCUACAGCUCAUUUUCCUCCCCUCUCAGUGAUACUUUCCAAUAUCGAGAUCCAUCGAACUGUUUCCCCUCCACAAACGUGGAAGGCUCUUACUGCGGAAGUGAACACUCAGUCAGCCUUCGGGAAGUCCAACACUAUCCUGACCCCGACCCAGAACUAGAGACAAAAUUCAAAAUUGGCAUUGGGUUGGAUGGACAGUCAUUUUCCUUCUAUCCAAAUCUCCCUGCUAGCAACCCGUUCCCUGGAACUAUCAAAUCCUCUCUUGCAAACCAAGACGGGCAAGAAGAUAGGGGGCUGCCGGGUGAGAUCGAUGGCGGGACGGACUCGCCAACAGCCCAAAUUCAACCCGACCAGUUUUCCGCAGCAGAACGGAGAAGGCCCCCUCAUAAACGGAUGAAAUAUUCCACUCAAUCUCCACGAAGAAUUCCAUCGCCACGGAAAUUAAACGACAGCCGUGGUUCAGUGCGGAACAGUGCAUGUCCUAAGCGGACGUCAAAGCAGGGCCGCAGCCUAAAAUCAGCGCAGUCUAUUCGGGGUCAUUCAUCCUCUCAGUCUCAACAGAAGACCGCCGAUCGUCAAUUCAUCUGCGUAUUUGCUCGAUAUGGUUGCAACAGCACUUUCUCCGCCAAAAACGAAUGGAAACGCCAUGUUUCAUCUCAGCAUCUCCAGCUUGGCUUUUAUCGUUGCGACGUAGGAUGUUGCAAUGUUUCCACCUUACAGGCGUCCUCAUCGCCUGAUAUCCCAACCUCAUCUUCGCAUCCACCGCGCUCCCCCAAUGACUUCAACCGCAAGGACCUUUUCACACAGCACCAGCGACGUAUGCAUUCUCCGUGGGCGUCAGCUAACGGAGUGUCACCCAACAAGCUUGAUCAAGAUGCCUUUGACAAGAGCUUAGAGGAUGUGCGCAAGAGGUGCUGGAUUGAGCGGCGGAAAGCUCCACGACAGAGUAUGUGUAACUUCUGCUGCCGGGAGUUUUCCGGCAGCUACUGUUGGGAUGAUCGCAUGGAGCAUGUUGGUAAACACUACGAAAAUCGCGACGUAGAAACUGGCGAAGAUGUUGCGUUGAGAGAGUGGGCUCUUCAGGAAGGCAUUCUCAAGGUGGCUGGUAGAGAUGGAUGGGUGCUUGCCUCUCCGAAAGAGAUAGCGGAACGGCGCGUGGAGGACUUUUAA